GAGCUUAGCGAAGUGCAUGGGAGUCAGACUGACAGUGAGGCGCGACACCAACUCCUUCUUCUGAGCGUGAAAAGCGCCACAGGCAACCAAACCGGGGCUGUUAGGAGCCGGCGGGCUGGACUUUACCCUGGGGCAGGGGCUGCUUGAGGCCAGUAUUUGGGUGUAGCAAUAUGGCGGAGUUCGCAGACCGAAAACGGACUGGGAAACCACAAGAGUGAAAACCGGAUCCAAAUUGCUCCGACAUUGAUUCACUGAGCAAGUGGGUGAGUGUCCGCCUCCCGGGAGCUGGUUCCGGGCCCUGAGCGGGCCAACUCGCUCUUCUCAUUCUUCACUACGUUUGCGGUGGGCACGGUCUCCCUGCCAUUGUUUGCCUUCCUCUUCUGCAUCGUCUGGUCCCUCCUCUUCAACUUCAGCGAGACGACUGCAUGCCACUGUCAGCCUAACUACCUGCCGUCAGUCAGUGCCGCUAUUGGAGGAGAGACCCCCCAGAGAUACAUAUGGCGACUGUGCAUUGGACUUCACUCUGCCCCUCGCUUCCUCGUGGGCGUGGCAUACCUGCACUACUAUCAGGGCACCCCCUGCUCCAGCCCCGCCUACCCCCGGCUCUGUCACCUCAACUUCCUGCUGAAUUGCUGCGAAAUCUUCUUCCUCAUCCUGCUGACUUACGUCUCAUCCUCGGAGAAUUAUGAGGUCCAUAAGUUGGGUUUCAUGGCCUUCAUGUUGUUCUCGGUGGGCUACAUGUUCGUGACCUGCUCGCUGUGGCGCGUGGCGCGUAAGGGCUCGGGGAGCCUGGAGGAGCGCACAUCCUACGCCUGGAAGAAGCGUCUCUUCGGCUUUUACCUGCUGAUGUUCCUGUCGUCCAUUUUGGUUUACAUUUGGCACAAUAUGUACUGUGAGGCUGGAGUCUACACCGUGUUUGCCCUGCUGGAGUACCUGGUGGUUCUGUCCAACAUGGGCUUCCACAUGACGGCCUGGUGGGACUUCGGGAAUAAAGAGCUGAUGAUCUGCUCGCCGGGGGAUAAGCGCAUCUGAGACUGUUAUCCUUCCAUCGUACCUACCCAUCUGCCCCCCCCCCGGGGCCCUACAGGCAGAGGGGAUACUGGGUGCCCCUAUAGAGAGGCCACAGGGGGGCAGGAAGGGGACGUGGGACCAUUGUACUGUGUGGAGACAAUCACCGCGCUCGUUAGCGAGACUCAUUACCUUGUGCCGAUUGGUUGUUUUUAUAUUUAAUUAUAUUUAUAAAUCUGCUGCUGCCAUAGCGCUAAUCUUGCCCCGAAUUCUACUGUGACUGGAGUUGGGGUUCAUUAAAGGGGAUGGGGGUUCCAUAAUGAAGGCCGAGGGCACUAAAGGGCCACAGUGGGAGGGAGAGACAAGCAGAAUAGCCCAGAAUGCAUUGUGUUUGGGGCCACACACAUUGGCUGCUCACUCUGCCACUCUUGAUCCAUGUAGAGGCCCAAAUCAAUAUAUCAGCUGAGGUUGCCAUGGAUACUCAGUGCCCAGACCCGGCCAAGAAUGGACACCAGUGCCCUGAAAUACCCUCUCCCCGGGGCAACUCAUUCAGUUAAUAAUAUACAUAUAUGUAAACACUGAGGGAGUGGCUUAUGCCUAGGAAAGGUCUUUCCCACAAUCCUACAGUCAGCCAAUGAGAGGGGAGACUGAGCUUAUUCCCUAUUGGCUGGCCAGUAAUCCAUGUGACAGCAGAAGGGGAGAAACCAUUUAUUACACAGGGGAGCAGUAGGGAGACAAGGAGCCAAUACCCCUACACUAACACCCCCAACUCUGCAUCGGGGGGCAGUUUCAUGAUCCAGUUCUGAGGGUUUUUAAUGAUUUUUAGUGAUUUUCUACCAAUGAGCGAUUGUACCGACAUUUUGUAUCUGUAAUUCCGACUCCGCAUUAAACUCAUUGUGAUUCCCCA